GCUUCACCUUCGGCUCCAGCGACAUGAGCCCCAUCCCGGGCAUCGCUGGCCAGGACUACCCAAACCUGGCCGCGGUGCCCCCCACCGGGUUCUCGUGCGGAGGCCAGCUGCCCGGCUACUACGCCGACACGGCUCCGGUGGCCCGCUGCCAGGUCUUCCACAUCUGCCAGUUCGACGGAAGACUGGACUCGUUCCUGUGCCCGAACGGAACCAUCUUCAACCAGCAGUACUUCGUGUGCGACUGGUGGUUCAACUUCGACUGCACGAGCGCGCAGCAGUUCUACCAGCUCAACGCGGAAAUCGGACGAGUGGGCAACGCCAACUUCGGCGCCGGGAACAGCUUCGGCGCCGGGAAUUUCGCGGGGAAUCCUAACCAGGUUCCUAAUCAGGGAGGCUCGUACGACGCGGGGAAAUAAGUGCUGUGGUGCGAGAAGGUCCUUCGUGUGCCUUG